UCUCUGUAUUUCAUCAUGCUCUUCUUAAAACUUCUCCUCUUCUUUUCAUUCUUCUCCUUCAUUUUCUCUCACGACGCCAUCUUCAACCCCCAUCUUUUCCCCAGGCCGUUAAUCAUACAACACCCAGAAGAUAUCGAGACCCAGUUCCGAGAAUUAGAAGAAGAUAUCAAGUUACAGUGUACUAGCUGGAGAUUUUCUGUGGAAGCCAACAAUUUGAGUCCUUGGAAGACCAUUCCCCAGGAAUGUCUGGGAUAUGUCAAAGACUACAUGACUGGUCGUGGCUAUAAAGUGGAUCUCGAAAGGGUUUCCAAUGAGGCUGGUGUUUACGCCAAGACCCUGCAGCUGAGUGGAGAUGGCAAAGAUGUUUGGAUUUUUGAUAUUGAUGAGACUUUGUUGUCCAACCUUCCUUACUACAUUGAGCAUGGUUAUGGCUUGGAGAUUUUUGAUCCAAUAGAAUUUGAUAAGUGGGUUCAAAGGGGAAUGGCACCGGCAAUAGAACCCAGCCUCAAACUUUAUGACAAGAUUUUAGAUUUGGGAUUCAAAAUUUUCUUACUAACUGGUCGAAGUGAACAGCACAGAUCGAUUACGAUCGAAAAUUUGACGAAAGCAGGGUUUCGAACCUGGGACAAGCUUAUAUUAAGAGACACCGAACACCAUGGCAAGCUAGCAACUGUUUUUAAGUCGGAGAAAAGGAGUGAGAUGGUAGAAGCAGGAUAUAGGAUUCUAGGAAACUCUGGGGAUCAAUGGAGCGAUCUAUUGGGUGGCGCCCCCUCGAUACGUUCAUUCAAGUUACCGAAUCCUAUGUACUACAUUCCCUAGCAAACCCUUUGUUAAUUGUA